AUGGCAUCAGCAUAUGAAGAUGAUUCACAAGAUCUGCGGAUUGUGUUACUGGGAGUCUCUGGUGUAGGAAAGAGUGCAAUGGGAAAUGCAAUACUGGGUCAAGAGGCUUUUAAAGAGAGCAGAACCAAAGAGAGUGUGAUACAGAGAGGAAGAGUAGAAAACAGAAACAUCUCCAUCAUUGACACUCCAGGAUUCUCAAACACUGAAUUGACUGAUGAAGAACUGCAGAAGCAAAUGAUGAAGAGUCUGGAUCUCUCCGAUCCUGGUCCUCAUGUGUUCCUGCUCAUCAUCAACCUGGAGAACUUCAAAGAGGAUGAAAGGAACAUUGUAGAGCAAAUUCUGGAGGUCUUUGGAGAAGAAGCUUUGCUGUUCACAAUGGUGCUGUUUACUGGAAGAGAAAAGGUCUCCAGAAGAGAAUGGAUUCAAAUCAAUGAGAGUGAAGAAACACAAAAAAUAUUUAAAUAUUUUGAGGGAAGAUAUCAUGUGAUAAACAGCAAAAAUGAAUGUGAUCUCUACCAGAUCACAAAGCUCUUGAAGAGCAUUGAUAAAAUGGUGAGGACCAAUGAAAAACGGCAUUACAGAAAAGUCAGAGAGCAGGAGGAGAGAAUGAAACAAGAAAUGGUGGGGAAAAGGCUUGAAGAGGGAGACAUGCAAGAGCAGAAGAAAGAGAUAAAUCCAGAGAUGGAUAUUAAAUCUUAUGAGAGAAAACAAGACGAAGCAACUGUUCUGAAGAUUGUUCUGGUGGGUAAAAGUGGAGUGGGAAAAACUGCAACAGCAAACACCAUUCAGGGCAAAAAUGUGUUCAGAUCGAAUUGGACCUGCACCUGUGAGAAACAAGACGCAGUGGUGUCUGGAAGAACCAUCUCAAUCAUUGACACUCCAGGACUGUUAGAUUUCCAGCAGUUCAGGCACUUUCAACAUGAACUCAAGAGUGACAUUGAGAAAUGCUUAGACAUGUCAGCUCCUGGUCCUCUUGUGUUUCUGCUGAUCAUCAGAGUGAAUGAGAGAAUCACAGAGGAAGAAAAAAACACAGUGAAAUGGAUUCAGCAGAACUUUGGAGAAGAUGCUGUACAUCACACCAUCAUUCUGUUCACUCAUGCUGAUUUGCUGAAGGAUGAAUCUUUGAAUGAGUACAUCAGAAAAAGCCCUGAUUUGGAUUCACUGGUUCACAGUUGUGGUGGCAGAUUUCACUCAUUCAACAAUCAAGACAGAAACAAUCAAAAUCAGGUCAUAGAGCUUCUGGAGAAGAUUGAACAACUGAUUAAAAACAAUGGAGGAGAACAUGAUGCCAAUGAGAACAAACUCAGAGAGCAGAGCCAGAAGCAAAAAGAUACAAGACAAUCUUUUCCUGUAUCCACAUCUCCUCAAGAGAUGCGAGAGCAAGAAAUAGGAAUAAAUCAAGACGAGGACAUAAAUACACAAAGCAAAGAAGAGAGGAACACAAAGACGGAGAUGGUCUUACACGAACUUCAAAGAGAUACAGAUGAUCUCAUGAGACUCAUGAUGGGCCUCGAGCUAAGUGAGAUGGCUCUGAGUUUGUCAUUAGAAACAAUAAUCAUACCAAGCAUUCUGUCAAGACAAGGUAAACAUUAA